GGCUACUGACCAGGAAGCGAACAGCCGCACUGUAUAGAGCCAUAUGCGGCUCCAGAGCUGCGGAGUCUUGCAAGUUGGAGUAAAAUCUCAUUUUUCAUCAUAUGGAUCAGUGAAUAAGAAAGAGAUGGUUUUACCUCGUCUCACAGGAGCAUUGCGCUCCUUUUCAAAUGUCACCAGACAAGAUGAUUACAGAGGAGAAUCUGCAGACUUGAUGAACAAAAGAUCAAAAUUGCGUGAACAAGUUUUGGAGUCUGACCUUACUUGGAAGAAAAUAACUCAAUUUGUCACUGGCAUUGUGGACCAGAAGGAGCAUGAAGCAAUAAACGAGGGCCUCAAAGAAAUAUUACAGGCUGCAAAACUGAUAGUUGGAACUGACCAUGGACAGGAGGCGAUUGAAAGUGGAGCUGUGUUCCUGCUUAAGACCUUCUACGACAAGGAAAGUGUUGGUCAAAAAGAGACCAAGGCCAUCAAGCAAAUGUUUGGUCCAUUCCCAUCAACUUCUGCCACUGCAGCAUGCAACGCUGCAUCUAGAAUCGUUUCUCAGCUUUCUCAGGAUCAAGUUAACAGACUUGCAAAGUUGUUUCAAGAAAAUGGAGGUGAAGGCAGAAUGUUGUUUGGAAAUAACGUGGUGUUCUCUUUAGAAAUGUAUGAACUGGAAGCAGCUGAUGAUUUACCAAUCAAUGGCACAACUGAUAUUGAAGAUAGGCUAACCUUAGAUUUAGGAAAAUUCCAUGUUAACCACAUAGACCAAAGAAAAUAUGUUGACCAAACAAGGCACAAAACGAACGACAGUGGUGACGACAGCUCAUUUUUUCGGGAUGAAGUUGAGAGAUAUGUUCUUAAUUCUUUACAAAGUAACUCAGGAACUCCUACAGUAGAUGACCUUUGUGGUACUUUGUUUGAGAUGCUUGCAUCUGCAAAAAGCAAUGACGAGUUACAGAAUGAGUUAUUUGAACUCCUAGGGCCUGAAGGAUUAUCAUUUAUAGAAGUACUCCUGCAGCAGAGGCAAAGAAUUGUGGAUAUAUCCCUGUGCUGGUCCAGCGAUAACCAGCUGCACUUUUCCCAAGAACAGCGAAAAAGAAAUGCAGGCGACAUCCUAAAACCCAAUUAUGGCUGUCAAGUCACAGUUCAGUCUGAGCAGGAGAAACAGCUAAUGAAACAGUACCGGCGAGAAGAAAAACGGCAUGCCAAACGAGAAAAACGAGUAGGGGACGAUGGCGAGUUUUGUGGCGAAGUACCAAUGCCCUUUGAUCCAAAGGAACUGCGAAUGCAAAGAGAACAAGCUCUUUCCACUGUUAGACAAAUGCCUGUCUUGGGAAGAGAGAGAGACUGUUGGGAAAGAAUUCAAUAUCCAAAUGUUUAUGAUUCAUAUGCUGAAGCCAUGAAAACAUCUGCAUUUGUUGGUGGUGCAAAGCUUUUACUGCCAGAAGGCAUUCAAAGAGAAAACAAUAAAAUAUAUGAAGAAGUGAGAAUCCCUCCAACUGAACCAAUGCCUAUUGGGUUUGAAGAGAAACCGGUAUUCGUUAAAGACUUGGAUGAAAUUGGACAGCUAGUCUUCAAGGGGGUGAAGCGACUUAACCGCAUACAGUCGAUUGUUUUCGAGACUGCUUACAACACAAAUGAGAAUAUGCUUGUUUCUGCCCCUACUGGUGCUGGCAAAACCAACAUAGCCAUGCUGACUGUUCUACAUGAAAUUAGGCAAAAUAUCCAACAAGGGGUCAUUAAAAAGGAUGAGUUUAAGAUUGUGUAUGUAGCUCCUAUGAAGGCCUUGGCAGCUGAGAUGACAAAUUACUUCAGUAAGCGUCUAGAGCCAUUGGGUAUCACGGUGAAAGAGCUGACUGGUGAUAUGCAGUUGUCAAAAGGUGAAAUUCUACGAACCCAGAUGCUUGUUACCACCCCUGAGAAGUGGGAUGUUGUGACCAGAAAGAGUGUUGGCGAUGUAGCAUUGUCUCAGCUUGUAAGAUUGCUGAUAUUGGAUGAAGUGCACCUGCUUCAUGAAGAUAGAGGCCCUGUUUUGGAGAGCUUAGUAGCCCGUACAUUACGACAGGUGGAGUCUACGCAGAGUAUGAUCAGGAUUUUGGGACUUUCUGCAACUCUUCCCAAUUACCUUGAUGUGGCUAACUUUCUUCAUGUCAAUCCUUCUAUUGGACUUUUCUUCUUUGAUGCAAGAUUCAGGCCGGUGCCACUGGGACAAACCUUUAUUGGAAUUAAAUCUACUAACAAGACUCAGCAGCUCCAUGAUACAGAAGAGGUCUGUUAUGAAAAUGUUCUUAAGGAAAUUAAAGCUGGAAGACAGGUGAUGGUUUUUGUACACGCCAGAAAUUCCACCGUGAGGACAGCAAUGGCCUUGAGAGAACUAGCAAAAAACAAUGGGCACAUUUUAUAUUUUUUACCGAACCAAGGAUCUGCCUACGGUCAAGCUGAAAAACAGGUGCAAAGGUCUAGAAAUAAGCAGCUAAGAGAGUUGUUUCCAGAUGGAUUUAGUAUUCAUCAUGCAGGCAUGCUGCGGCAAGAUAGGAGUUUGGUGGAAAACCUCUUUUCUCAGGGACAUAUCAAAGUCCUGGUUUGUACGGCCACAUUAGCCUGGGGUGUCAAUCUCCCUGCACAUGCUGUUAUCAUUAAGGGAACCCAAAUAUAUGAUGCGAAGAGAGGCUCAUUUGUGGACCUGGGAAUUCUGGAUGUCAUGCAGAUAUUUGGAAGAGCUGGGCGUCCACAGUUUGACAAGUUUGGAGAAGGGACCAUCAUAACAACACAUGAAAAGCUUAGCCACUACCUGACUCUACUUACACAGCAAAAUCCAAUUGAAAGUCAGUUUCUCGAAAGCCUGGCAGACAAUAUGAAUGCAGAGAUUGCUCUUGGAACGGUCACUAAUGUGGAGGAAGCAGUGAAGUGGCUGAGUUACACGUAUCUCUUUGUGCGCAUGAGAACAAAUCCAUUGGUUUAUGGCAUCAGUUACAAGAUGUUGCAGAUGGAUCCUGCACUGGAGAAGCACAGGGAGCAGUUGGUUAUAGAAGUGGGGCGUAAGCUGGACAAAGCCCGCAUGAUUCGCUUUGAAGAAAGAACUGGAUUCUUUUCCUCCACAGACUUGGGCAGAACGUCAAGCCACUUCUACAUUAAAUAUAACACCAUAGAGACAUUUAAUGAAUUAUUUGAUGCCCACAAAACAGAAGGGGACAUUUUGGCCAUCGUGUCCAAAGCUGAAGAAUUUGAGCAGAUAAAGGUGCGUGAUGAAGAGAGCGAAGAAUUAGAGCACCUAAUUGACAAUUACUGUGAGUUGCCGGUGGCUGGUGGAGUGGAGAAUGGAUACGGAAAGAUAAAUAUUCUUCUUCAGACCUACAUUGGUAGAGGAGAAAUUGACAAUUUCUCUCUCAUUUCUGAUUCAGGAUAUGUUGCACAGAAUGCGGCUCGAAUAGUGAGAGCCCUUUUUGAAAUAGCCCUGAGAAAAAGAUGGCCUGCUAUGACCUACCGACUUCUAAAUCUCAGCAAAGUCAUUGAUAAGCGUCUGUGGGGGUGGGCUAGCCCUUUGCGGCAGUUCUCAAUUCUGCCACCAUCUGUUCUAUCAAAACUAGAGGAGAAGAAGCUUACAAUUGAUAAAAUGAAGGACAUGAGAAAAGAUGAAAUUGGUCACAUGCUACAUCAUGUGAACAUCGGGUUAAAGGUGAAACAGUGCGUCCAUCAAAUUCCAUCCAUCACAAUGGAAGCCACCAUCCAGCCAAUUACACGCACAGUCCUGAGAGUUCGACUGAGUAUCAAUCCUGACUUCAAAUGGAAUGAUCAGGUACAUGGAAGCGUCGGUGAGCCGUGGUGGAUUUGGGUUGAAGACCCAACUAAUGACCAUAUCUAUCAUUCAGAAUAUUUUUUGCUUCAAAAGAAACAGGUGGUCACCAAAGAACAGCAGCUCUUGGUGUUUACAAUACCAAUCUUUGAGCCAUUGCCUUCUCAAUACUACAUCCAAGCUGUGUCAGAUCGGUGGUUGGGAGCAGAAUCUGUUUGCAUCAUAAAUUUUCAACAUCUAAUUUUGCCAGAAAGACAUCCUCCGCACACAGAAUUGCUGGAUCUGCAGCCUCUGCCCAUCACAGCCCUUGGAUGUAGAGAAUAUGAAUCGUUGUAUAAAUUUACACACUUCAACCCAGUUCAGACACAGAUUUUUCACACACUCUAUCAUACAGACACCAACGUUCUACUUGGUGCCCCUACAGGAUCUGGAAAAACGGUUGCCGCUGAAUUGGCCAUCUUCAGAAUUUUCAACAGAUAUCCAACUUCUAAGGCAGUGUAUAUAGCGCCACUGAAGGCACUGGUACGUGAGAGGAUGGAGGACUGGAAAGUAAGAAUUGAAGAAAAACUUGGGAAGAAAGUUGUAGAACUGACAGGAGAUGUCACUCCAGAUAUGAGAGCAAUUGCAGAGGCUGACCUCAUCGUUACUACACCUGAGAAAUGGGACGGCAUAAGCAGGAGUUGGCAAAACAGGAGCUAUGUACAGAAAGUUGCCAUCCUGAUAAUUGAUGAAAUCCAUCUACUUGGGGAAGAGAGAGGUCCUGUACUAGAAGUCAUUGUGUCACGGACUAAUUUUAUUUCUUCGCACACCGAGAGAACUGUGAGAGUGGUCGGUCUGUCAACAGCACUUGCUAAUGCUAGAGAUUUAGCAGAUUGGCUGGGCAUUAAGCAGAUGGGUCUCUUUAAUUUCCGUCCAUCUGUGCGCCCAGUUCCAUUGGAGGUGCACAUUCAGGGCUUCCCAGGCCAACACUACUGUCCUCGAAUGGCCAGUAUGAACAAACCUGCCUUUCAGGCUAUAAGAAGCCAUUCACCUGCCAAACCUGUGCUUAUCUUUGUAUCAUCCAGACGACAGACUCGGCUCACUGCCUUGGAAUUAAUUGCAUUCUUAGCAACCGAAAAUGAUCCUAAACAAUGGCUCAAUAUGGAUGAAAGAGAGAUGAAUGCCAUUAUUGGGACAGUAAAAGAUUCCAAUCUAAAGUUGACACUUGCCUUUGGAAUCGGCAUGCACCAUGCAGGAUUACAUGAGAGAGAUCGCAGAACAGUGGAGGAACUCUUCGUCAAUUGCAAAAUCCAAGUUCUUAUUGCAACCAGCACGUUGGCCUGGGGUGUGAAUUUUCCUGCUCACUUAGUAAUCGUUAAAGGUACUGAAUAUUAUGACGGAAAAACAAGGCGCUACGUGGAUUAUCCUAUUACAGAUGUACUUCAGAUGAUGGGGCGUGCAGGUAGACCUCAGUUUGAUGACCAAGGGAAAGCAGUCAUUCUAGUCCAUGACACAAAGAAAGAUUUUUACAAGAAGUUUCUCUACGAACCAUUCCCUGUUGAAUCCAGCUUGUUGGAGGUACUGUCAGAUCAUUUAAAUGCAGAGAUUGCAGCUGGAACCAUUACAUCAAAGCAAGAUGCCAUGGACUACAUUACAUGGACAUACUUCUUCCGUCGACUUAUGAUGAACCCAACCUAUUACAACUUGGAAGAUGUUGGCCAUGAAACGAUGAACAAGUUCCUUUCAAAUCUUGUGGAGAAGUCCCUUAUUGAUCUGGAGUGCUCAUACUGCAUAGAGAUAGCAGAGGAUAACCGUACGAUACAGCCUCAAACCUAUGGGCGUAUCGCUUCCUAUUAUUAUCUGAAGCACCAAACAGUUCGGAUGUUUAAGGAGCGGUUGAAACCGGAUUGCAGCGUGGAAGACUUGCUAUCAGUUCUGACUGAUGCUGAAGAAUACGCAGAACUCCCAGUCCGGCACAAUGAGGACCAGAUGAACAGUGAGUUGGCCAAAAACCUUCCUAUUGAAGUCAAUCCUCAUUCAAUGGACAGUGCACACACAAAGGCACAUCUACUACUGCAAGCCCACUUUUCUAGGGCUGUGUUACCCUGUCCUGAUUAUGGUACGGAUACCAAAACCGUGUUGGAUCAAGCCAUCAGAAUAUGUCAGGCCAUGCUGGAUGUUGCAGCAAACCAUGGUUGGAUUGUCACAGCAUUAAAUAUUACUAAUCUGGUACAAAUGGUAAUUCAAGCACGAUGGGUGCAUGAUUCUUCCCUGCUAACUCUACCCAAUAUUGAGGCACACCAUCUUCAUCUGUUCAGCAAAUGGAAUCAAAGGAAAGGAAAAAAGGAUUCUAGAGAAUUCACUGGUCCGAUCGAAUGUCUUCCAGAAUUGAUUGCUGCAUGCGAAAGAAAGGAAGAUGUCUUCACUAGCAUUAUUGAGCGUGAUUUACAGCGCGCACAUAUUUCACAGGCUUGGGACUAUGUCUCUAAUCUUCCAGUGAUUGACGUUAGUUUGCGCAUUAAAGGAUGCUGGGAUGCAGCAGUACAUCCUGAAAAUGAAUUGUCCAUUCCUACCGUAUUCCCUGGCAUGCAAGAAAGGAUGUGGACUGACUUACAUGCUGACCAAGAAUAUGUUCUCCAAAUCAGCCUGCAGAGAAUCCGUGCAGGAUCCAGGAAGGGAAGACAAGAUAGCAAAGCCAUUGCCCCUAUGUUUCCAAAGGCCAAGGAUGAAGGCUGGUUUUUAAUCCUAGGAGAGGCAGACAAAAAGGAGCUUCUAGCUCUCAAAAGAGUUGGAUAUGUCCGGAACCGAAAUAUGGUUUCCUUGGCAUUUUACACUCCAGAAAUUACAGGAAGGUAUAUCUACACAUUGUAUCUGAUGAGUGACAGUUACCUUGGCAUGGACCAACAGUACAACAUUAAUCUAAACAUCAUUCAUGCUAGUAUAUCAGCACAAGUAAACUCUGAGGUUUCGGGUGCCCUAGAUGGCCUGACCUUGAAGUAACCCGAUCUUCCAAGUGCUACUGCUACAGGGUUAUUUGUAAGGACAGCUGUUAAAUCAUUCAGGGCUACAAGGAAAUGGCUCAACACUUUAUUCAUAGGAAUCAACUUUCAACCUCAACACACUUAAGAGUUUCAAUGGGUUCACUUGGAUGCCUUUGUAAAACAAAUUAUCACAUGGGCCUUAUAGAUGUUGCCUUUUGUAAUUAAUAUGUAUGACCUGUUGGUGCAAUUCUAGGACAUUUCACAGCACAAUGAGUUUACUUGUUUAAAGGACUUUUAUUUUUGGUGGAUCAAACAAGGCAAGAGAAAGGCUGAACUUUUGCCGAUUCCCAGUGACUGAUUGGUACUGGAAUAUGAUUUUCUAUGUUGAUUUAAUUUAAAAUGUGUCAAAUAUAACUUGAACAUAUGCCUUUAGGUUAUGUAUACAACAGGUUGAGAAAAUGUUUUCAAUAAUAAGAAGAAUUACAAAUGGCUAAUUAAACUAAUUAACAUAUUCUCCAUGAGGGAUGUGAGAAAUCGGUUUACAUGAGAGAUGUAAAGAAAAAUUGACAGUGUUUCCAAACACAUUGUUCACAGUUCCUGUAGAUUGAGUCAUGCCUCUUUUCACCAUAAGGCAAAACACUCAUUAAUUUGCAGUGCGUUACUGUCUAGUUGUUUUGUUUAUUUUCAAAACAUUACAUCAAAACGGAAGUACAAUUAUUAACCUUUUUACACGACCUUACUCUUCACUUUCUCCUACUGUAACUGAAAGACAAAGUUUUUACUAAAAUGUUCCAAUUUGCAUAUUUUGUCCUCAAAUGCCAAAUUCUAUUUAAAUUCGGUUUGCAUUGCCGACACUUCACUCUUUGCUGAAUAACUGUGUAAGAGUGUCUGUUAGUUUUCACAUCAGUGAAUAUUUGCCUGUCAAUGGAAAUCAAUGCAACAAAAAAACAAACAAAAAUUAGACAUGUGCGAUAUGAACCAUAUAGUCUAUGGGACAUAAUUUUUCAUUAAUAUGGGGAUUAUUUUCUACGAUGUUACUUGUGAUGAACUCGAAACUGAAUUGCAAUAUGUUGGAAGAAAGAGUAGAUGUGGAGCAUUUAUUUUACCACAGCUAUUUUAGCAUGACAUUUUACACUCUAGUUCAAACCAUAAAUGGUUACCCAUUUCUCUCUUAACCCCUUAAGGACACAUGACAUGUUUGACAUGUCAUGAUUCCCUUUUAUUCCAGAACUUUGGUCCUUAAGGGGUUAAAGGAAUACGUCCAUGCUACUGCAGGUUACCAUAGUGGUUAUAGUGCCAGGAGUGACCUGGCACCCCCACUCUUACCAUUUUAGAGCGGUUUGACUUAUACCUGGAAUCUGCGGGAUUCCUCUCCCUGCCUCCACUACAUCACAUAGAAAGCCAGAAGUUUGUGCUCCCAGCUCUCUGGCUAAUGAAAGGGAGGCAGGAGUGGUGCAUGGCGGACUCCAUGUAAGAAGUCAUAACAUUCUAAAUUGGUUUAACUACUUACAAUGAGGGGAUGCCAGAACACUCCUGGCACCAUAAUCACUACCUCUCUCUGUAGUGUUUGUUACUUGGAGUGUUCCUGCAAGCGUGUGGCAUGUCUGACAGUUAUGAGAAUUGUGCUAUUGCAAUAUUUUGCGUGUGAUAACUUGCACCAACUAAACCGACCUUGACAAGACAUGGACUAUCAUCAUAUAUUGUAAACGCUGGCAUUACACCGUUUCCUGUUUUUCAGGCUUGCCAAAAUAAAACUUCACAGUGAUAUAAAUGUAUCUUCUGAAUGUAGACUUGUUUAUUGCCGUUCUGCUCGUUAAUUGCUCUUCCACGAUACUCAUUGUAAAACAAUAAUAAAAAAUAUGUUUCUGGUUUGACUCAGCA